GGACUUUCCUGUUUCCGCCUGUCAGCCGUGGAGAUCAGAGACGCCUACCUGCCAUCGUCGUUGUGUUUAUAGUAGCUGGUUCUUUGUUAAACUGUAUUCUGUGCAAAUAUCUCGUGAAACGCGUGCAAAGCCACGCCAAUCAGCAGCUUAUUACAUGGUUUAAACAGAAGUUAGUCCAGAAAGUGUAAAGUUGAAAACGUCAAAAUGGCUUGGCGUUUCAAAGCAUCCAAAUAUAAAAAUGCAGCUCCAAUUGUUCCUAAACCGGAGGCCUGCAUUAGAGACAUCUCAGUUGGCUCAUAUCAAACUUACGGCAAUAAUAUUGCAGCAUCUGCUGCUUUUAUGGCAUUUAAUGUAGAUCAUAAUGGAUCUAAUCUUGCUGUGUUACCACUGGAGGAUUGUGGCAGAAAAAGUAAAACUAUGCCUUUACUUCAUGCUCAUGCAGAUACAGUAACAGAUAUGGAUUUUUCUCCAUUUCAUGAUGGUUUAUUAGCCACUGGUUCACAAGAUUGUCUUGUCAAGUUGUGGCACAUUCCAGAAGCUGGCUUGGAAGAACCUCUAUGUAAUCCUGAAUGUACAUUCUCCCACCGUCAAAGAAGAGUAGAGGUGGUGUGUUGGCACCCUUCAGCUGAACACCUUUUAACAACAGUAUCAUAUACGAACCUGUCUUUAUGGGAUGUGAUUUCACAACAAGAACUAUUUUCCAAUAAUGAACAUACAGAUGUAAUUCAGUCUUUAAGUUGGAAGCAAGAUGGUGUGAUCUUAGCUACAUCUUGCAAAGACAAACAACUGAGAAUAAUAGAUGCUCGCGCUUCUACUUGCAUCGUCAAUUCUUGUUCCAGUCAUCAAAGUAUCAAAGAUUCUAGAUGUGUUUGGCUGAAUAAUAGUGACAGAAUACUUACUACUGGAUUUGAUGCAGCUAGAUUAAGACAGGUUUAUAUAAGAGAUUUGAGGCAUCUAAAUGAACCAGUAAAAAUGUUAGAAUUGGAUUGUAGCACAGGGAUUUUAAUGCCUCUGUUUGAUCCCGAUACAAACAUGCUUUUCCUGGCUGGAAAAGGAGAUACUACUAUUAUGUACAUGGAAGUUAUGGAUAAAGAUCCAUUCCUAGUUGAAGGCAUUCGUCACAGUGGAGAGCAAACGAAAGGAGUAUGUUUGGUACCAAAACGAGCAUUAAAUGUGAUGCAAGCCGAAGUUAAUAGAUUACUGCAACUUACGUCUAAUAUGGUGAUACCUAUUAUGUAUCAAGUUCCACGAAAAACGUACAGGGAUUUCCAUGCAGAUAUAUACCCAGAUACAGUAGGGUGUAUUGCACAAAAUAAUGCAGCAGCCUGGAUUAAAGGACACAAUAUGCCUGUUCCAAAAAUAUCCUUAGAUCCUGCUAAAAGAAAUAAAGGGGAGGAACCUAUUGCUGUACAUAAGGGAAACUUAGCGACGCUCAAAGAAAAUGAACGAGAAAUAAAAGUGGAGCAGAAGCAAUCGACCAAACCUACCACCGUCACCACGCCGAAAACUUACGCAAAGACACAAGAGGUGAUCGAGAAAGAGCCAAUGCUCGAGAACGAUAUCGAAAAGUUAGAAGAUAUGAAGAAAAUCGAGGUUGAAGAUGACAAAAAUAAAGUGCAGAACGGAGGGCAAGUGAUUCCACCGAAGCCUCUGCCAAGGUCGUCAAGAACUAAUAGCAUUUCCGAGGAUGAACCGAAGCCAGUUGCACGUCCUCGUACAUCGCCAAGCGUGGGUUCAGUAGUUACAUCCGUGAACCCUAAUGCGAUUGGGGGAUAUAAGCCCCGACUUGGACCAAAACCAUUUCAAGCAAAGUCUGGCAGUCAAGAAUUUUCAUUCGACAAGAUAUUUUCGGUCCCUGUUGCACCGAAUAGUGAUACUAAUGGCUACCAAAAUGACCUGAACAAUCAAAUAGAGAACAAUACAGAAUCAGAGAAAUCGCCAUCAUUUAAUAAUGAGCGUAUGAAAGAAGCGGAAAAUGGAAAAAGCGAUUCUAGUUCUUUGGAGGAGGAUGCUAAUUCAAGUGAUUCUGGUUAUAAACCGAAAACGCCAAGCACUGCGGAAAGACGUAAAGUAUUUGAGAUAAAAGUCAAAGAUGACUCACCUGAAAGCGAGGAUCUUGGAAAUUUUGAACGGGGCAAUGCAAAUAGAAAUUCUAUAGCUGAGAGAAGAAGGCUUUAUGAGAGUCGUUCUGUGUCUGUAACUGAUGGAAACUUAGCCGAGAAAGCAAUGGGGUCGCCAACAAUGUUGAGGCGCAGAGAUUCGUUUAAAACUAAAAGUGAAGUAAUUAAAGAAGACGAAGUUAAGAAAGUUAUCUCGAUGUUGCGUCAACAGAGCAUGGAUCCCCGCUUGGAAAAAGUGGAUAAUUCUGUGACGCCAACGCCUAAGAGAACAUCAACUGUGUUUGGUAGGGUAUCGAAAUUUCGACAUCUGAAAGGUACACCUGGUCAUAAAUCUACGCAUAUUGAAAAUAUAAGAAACAUCAGUCGUCAGAUAUCUGGAGAAUGCGAUGGUUUUCAUGCCAACCCUGAUCGUGUUGCGGUGCCACUUAGUGGACCAGGUGGUAAAAUAGCAGUCCUUGAAUUGAAGAAAACCGGAAGGCUACCAGAUGGUGUAAUGCCAGCGUUAGUACAUGGUGCCACUGUAAUGGAUUUCCAAUGGAAUCCAUUCGAUAAUCAGCGAUUAGCUGUCGCAUGUGAUGAUGGAAUGAUCCGAUUAUGGGAAAUACCAGAAUCCGGAUUAGCAGAGCCAACAAACGAACCAAAACACACCAUAAAGGCUCAUACCGAUAAAAUAUAUUUAAUCAAAUUUCAUCCAUUGGCAUCAGAUAUUUUGGCAUCGGCAUCUUACGAUAUGACCGUGAAAAUUUGGGAUCUGACACUUUUAUCAUCUUGUGAAACGGCUGUUGCGAAGAUUACUCUAAUGGGACAUACAGAUCAAAUUUUCAGUUUAGCGUGGUCACCAUGCGGUCAGUAUCUCGCGAGUACGUGCAAAGAUGGAAAGUUACGAGUUUACAAACCAAGAUCUAGCGAUGUGCCAGUUAAAACUGGCAAAGGACCUGUUGGUACCAGAGGCGCACGAGUUGUGUGGGCAUUGAAAGGACAAUUUCUCGUUGUACUGGGUUUUGACAAAGUUUCAGAAAGACAAAUAUAUGUGUUUAAAACGGACAAUCUUAAUACUCCAUUAACUACAGUUGGAUUAGAUGUUUCGCCUGCAAUUUUGAUGCCAUAUUACGACGAAGACAGUUCAACGCUCUUCUUGACAGGACGUGGUGAUUCUACAAUAUAUGCUUUUGAAGUAACAGAAGAACCACCAUAUUGUUGUCCACUUAGCCAUCAUCGAUGCAGCAGUUUGCAUCAGGGUUUAUCGUUUCUUCCUAAGAAUAAAUGCGAUGUUGCUAGUGUAGAAUUUGCAUCGGCUUUAAGAUUAACAAAUAACACAAUAGAACCUCUAAGUUUCACCGUUCCACGUAUAAAGAGUGAACUUUUCCAAGAUGAUUUAUUCCCACCAACAAAAGUUACAUGGAAGCCAACUAUGACUGCUACUGAGUGGUUUAAUGGAGCUAACAAACAAGCGUAUAGAAUAAGUCUAAAACCACCUGGCAUGGACAAUUUAACUGAAAAUCAAGGCCAAGGUGUAGUUACCGCCCCAGUUGCGGCAAAACAACAAUCAGCCACUCCAUUUUCUGUAUCUGCCCAACCUUUCAACAGACUGGGAUGGAAUCCCGACGUAAAAGCUAAACAAGAGGAAAUCCAGAAAACUAUGAGCAACUUUGUGGGCGAUGUAAUACAGUGCUCCUUGGAACAGGAUCACAUGGAAGGUGUAGAGGAGCACGAAUGGGAUGAGUAAAGAUUGUGCGACAUCGGUAGGUCAUUAAAAUAAAACGGUAAGAUAAAAUAAAUUUAUAUGUAGCUGUUCGAAACGUAAUUUAUUUAUAAGUUAAAAAUCACAGCAUGAGGGAAAGUAUUUCGAUAUUAGCAUCGUACAUGUUGAGAGAUAUUUAUAAUUGGAAUGAUAUUUCCAACAUAAAUUUUUGUUCGGAAAAGUUAACGUGUGCGAUUUUCUUCAAUUGUGGUAACAUUUUAAUAUAGGUAUAAUUACCUAGGUUAUUGUAUGAAUUUUAUUUAAAAGAAACGGAGGACUGGACAUUAAAGUAUUUCCAACUUCGCGUUAAAAUUCUCGUAACAUAUUCUAUAUAGUUCAGUGAAGAAGCCUUGUAAAAAAAUGCCAUUGCAGUCCUUGUUAUAAAUGAUUUCUAUUAACUGCCAUUUGAUUCAUUUGAUAUUAAGGAUAACUACAUAGGAUAAUUAACAGUAAGAGCUAUACUAGAGAUUUAGAUUUACAGAUAUCUACCAGAAUUUGACAAUAGUUUCGAUUAUAUGUUUAUGAUUUUGAGAUCACGUACUAUUUCAAAGUGUGUUUUUAGCACUGAGUGAAAACGAAUCUACUGAAUAAUUUUGUUGUGUUAUUUCUAAGAUUUGAGAAUGCUCUAAAUUAAAAAUAUAGAAGACUUUUUAGUGUAUUAAUUAGAAAUGGGCAUUGCUUGAAUGGACAUCCUUGUAAUUGCAUUUAAAUCGGAAAUUAAUUAACAAUUUCUUUAAAAAAUGAUUAAAUACUUUUUAAAACCAAACUUCGUCUGAUCAAUAUAUUAUUUUUAAAAAAUAAUGUUUCUUUUUGUAAACAAUUUGUUAUUAAUCAACAAGCACUGCUCCUCUCUAUUGCUAAAUAAAACAGUAUGUAAUGAUCCAUAAAAUAAUCAGUCUCAAAAGAAUGACAUAUGAUUUAUAUAAUAUUGUAUACCUAUUAGUGCCACGUACCUUUCUUUAUUUAACAUUAUCAAUGAUACUCUCAGUGUAUACAUUACUGUAAUCAUAAUCAUCAUAUGUGUGAUACUAGCGAACGAUACUUUUUUCAUGAAUGAAGAAUAGAAAUUUCUACAAUACAUCACGCACAUGAAUGAAAAAGUUACAUGUACUAAGUUAUAAGUCGACAGUUAUGUUAUACGGCGAAGUAUACACACAAUAAGUAGUUGUACGUUCAGCGUUUUCCUGGAUCUUAAGCGGUUAACAACCAUGUCGAAUAUAAUGAAUAAACCAAAUUUUAUACUCUUUCAA